UUUCAAUCAUGGCUGUCUCUGUCUCUUGAAUAUCGUCGAGGCUAUCUAUCAUUUGAUCGCUAGCGGCUUUGUCAUUGGUAAAGGAUUAUAGUAUUCUACUAUCAAGGUCCUCCAAUGGAGCCUGACUCCUCUCGGCUUCGAUCGUACGACUAUACUGAAGGCGCUUCGGCCAUCGACAUCCAGGAAGCUAUAGCUAGCAACUCACGGGGGAGAAGAGAUUCUCGGUAUGGCGAGGAAGGAGAGGGUGCUAUGUUUGACGGACCAUCGCAUUCCGUCAACCCUAGUAGCGUGUCGAGGAUGUCCCUUGGGGAGCGUCGACGGCGCAGCAGCGAUGCGUGGUCGAGAGGCUCGGGGACGCGCAGACACAGCGAGGCCGGCUCCAGCGAGGGUAUGAGGAGUCCACAUCGGAGACACAGCCGGGACAGUAAGGUGUAUGGGUCGGCAGAGAAUGGGGAGAGGCAGCACGACGGUGUGGUCUCCGAUGAAGAAGAAGAGGAGAGCCAUGGUUUGCCCACGAGAUCAAGACGAGGUCGGUCGCCUUCAGGUUCACCUGUUCUCAGACACAGUAUGUUCGACAACAUUGCGCACAUGUUCGGCAGAGGGUAUACAGAGACGGGGUCACCCCCGCGUAGCCGCCGUCCGUCCACGGCAAGCCGUAUCUCAAGGACCAGUUUAUUCCAUCGAUCCAGCAGCAGGCGGUCAGUUGCAAGCUCGGAUUACGCCGUCGAGUCGGAAGGGGAGGGGCACGAUAGGUGGGGGUACUCCUCGGGAGAAGAAGACGAGGAAAGUGUAGCCUCUCUGGACGUCGCCCGCGGCGAUGCGAGCGAGACCUCAAGCAUCAAUGUACUCGACUAUGGUUCGUAUCCCCCCUCUCCGAGCAUGGUGCCUACUUUGCCUCUCCUCGCUGGAGAUGCUAUCUUCGGUGGCGAGGCACGUAUUGAUAUGGGCGAGUUUGAACCCACGUCUCCGCCACCUCCCGGUCCUCCCAGCCGACAGACUAUCUACCUCGACGAUGAAGACGCGCACAUCAGAAUGAUUGGUUACGAAAUCAUCCCAUGGCGCCAGUCGCUUUGGCGGCUCUCCUGCGUAGUAACUUGUGGCGUCUUAGCACUCCUAGGACACUGGUUCCCCCGAUUGUGGCUCUCCUCGGUUGCUCAUGAGAAGGCGUUCAUAGAGAUCAGCAGCGGAUUUGUCGUCGUUGAGACCGCCCACAGAGAUAUUGCUUUGUUCGAGUUGCGCAGAGUUGAAUACCCAUACGACCUUGCAACAGUGUUCUCAUCCCCGGCCGACCCAACAGCUUUGCUUCCGAUAUCGAGGACGUCACCUCAUUCGCAAGACCCACCAAAUGGCGACUCAGGCAAAAGCUUGGGAUCUCUUGCAGUUCUUGAUUAUCGGUAUACACGAUUUGCGCUGGAUCCCAGGACUGGGUUGUUCAGUAUGAUCAGGGAUUGGCGUGACUCAUCAUGGUCAGGCGUGGCCUCUGUGCAGCACGGUUUGGAUGAGGACGUGCAAAGACAACGGCGCACGCUGUUUGGCCAGAAUUUUAUAGACAUUGAGGGCAAGUCUACCACCUCACUUCUCAUAGACGAGGUUAUACAUCCGUUUUACGUAUUCCAAAUCGCCAGCAUGAUCCUCUGGUCCCUGGACAACUAUUAUUACUACGCUUUCUGCAUUGCUCUGAUCUCGGCCGUCAGCAUCACAACAACUCUUCUGGAAACGAAGAAGACUAUCGCGCGAAUGCGGAAAAUGUCUAGGUUCACCUGCCUGGUAAACGUCUACGUUAAUGGAGCAUGGACAGAGCGCGAUUCCUCGUCACUCGUUCCAGGUGAUAUCGUUAAUCUCGUUGAGCCUCAACUGGGUACGAUCCCUGCCGACAUCUUUCUGCUGUCUGGAGAUGCUAUUGUCAAUGAGAGCAUGCUUACAGGCGAAAGUGUUCCAGUUGGCAAGGCACCUGUGAAGGACGCAGAUAUGGCUCUUUUCCGAGAUGGCAAGGACAUCAGUGGAGACAUGUCGAAGAGCUUUCUCUAUGCUGGUACUCGUGUCGUGCGGAUGAGAGGCUCCCUCGCCAUGGACGGGAGUGUGCGGACUCCGGCUUUAGGAUUGGUUGCUCGAAUAGGAUUCUACACCACGAAAGGUGCUCUUGUGCGGUCCAUGUUAUUUCCGAAGCCGAUGGGAUUCAAGUUCUAUCGCGACUCGAUCAGGUUUAUUCUCGUCCUGACAGGUGUCGCAGGGUUGGGCUUCUGUGCCAGCGCUAUCCAAUUUGUCCGGCUCGGAGUACCAUGGCACACGAUCUUGAUUCGAGCACUGGAUCUGAUCACGGUGGUGGUGCCGCCUGCACUGCCCGCGACUCUCUCUAUCGGCACGAGUUUCGCAAUAAAUCGGCUCCGUAAGCUCGGCAUAUAUUGCAUCUCGCCGAACCGCGUCAAUGUUGCGGGUCAGAUCAAUGUCUGCUGCUUCGACAAGACGGGAACUCUUACGGAAGACGGGCUGGACAUCCUUGGUGUCCGGUCGUUGGAACGCAACUUCGACCGAUUCGGUGAGCUGAUUGAAGACAUCCAUGACCUGCCGUCUAGUCGAGAAAAAGCGAACUUCCUCCAUGCGUUGGCAACGUGCCAUUCGUUGAAGAACGUGGAUGGAGAGGUUAUUGGUGACCCGCUCGAUGUCAAGAUGUUCGGGUUUACGAAAUGGACGCUGGAAGAAGGCAACGUUGCUGGGACAGGCAUUGUCAAGAGUCGGGCUGGAGGCGGUCGCCCUGCCGCAUUGGUGCAGACUGUCGUUCGUCCACCGGGUAGUGCUCAGUUUCGGAUUGAAGACGCGCUGAAAGGCGGAAGACAUGCACACUUCCUCGAGUUGGGCGUGAUCCGCACGUUCGACUUUGUGUCUUCGCUUCGCAGAAUGAGCGUCAUCGUCAAGCGAUUGAAGAGCAAUAGCAUGGAGAUCUAUGUCAAGGGCGCCCCUGAGGUGAUGGGUGAGAUAUGCGAUAAAGAUUCCUUUCCACAGGACUAUGAUGACUUGCUCUCGUACUACACCAAGCGCGGGUAUCGAGUCAUCGCUAUGGCUGGCAAGAGCAUCGAGGGUCUCUCCUGGCUUAAAGCUCAGAAACUGAAGCGUGAACAGGCUGAAUCUGGCCUCCAGUUCCUCGGUUUGGUGAUCUUCGAGAACAAGCUGAAACCCGGAACAACACCUGCUAUCCAAGCACUGCGCUCCGCACAUUUUGCUUGUAGGAUGAUUACCGGAGAUAAUUCACUAACGGCCGUCAGUGUCGCGAGAGAAUGCGGUUUGAUCAAUCCAGCAGCCCAUGUCUUCUGUCCCAUUUUCAUCCGGGGCAAUGCGACGACACCUCUGUCCAAGUUGGAAUGGACCUGCAUGGAUGAGCCAACGUGGGCAUUGGAUGACUACACGUUGAAGCCGUUGACGCCGCCGGCUCACCGUCUUGUUGAGGAGGACGAACUUGACUACGGCGACUACACUCUGGCCAUCUCUGGUGACGUGUUCCGCUGGAUGAUCAACCAUGCUCCCCUAGAGACGCUCCAGCGUAUGCUGGUCAAAGCACAGGUAUAUGCUCGCAUGUCACCUGAUGAGAAGAAUGAGGUAGUCGAACGGCUGCAAGACCUCGGGUAUACGGUCUUGAUGUGUGGAGAUGGUGCGAACGAUUGCGCAGCGUUGAAAGCUGCGGACGUUGGUCUCUCGUUGUCAGAAGCAGAGGCAUCCGUCGCUGCGCCUUUUACCAGUCGCACGCCCGAUAUCAGUUGUGUGCUGGAGGUGAUUAAAGAGGGCCGCUCUGCGCUGGUGACAAGUUUCAGCUGCUUCAAAUAUAUGGCGUUAUAUUCUCUCAUUCAGUUUACUACAAUCACGUUGCUAUAUUCGUUUGCCUCUUCGCUGGGAGAUUUUCAGUUCCUUUACAUCGACUUGUUUAUCAUCAUUCCCAUUGCUAUCACGAUGGGCCGGACACUGCCAUUCCCUCAUAUUCAUCCCAAGCGUCCGACAGCCAGUCUCGUGUCAAAGAAGGUGCUCGCAAGUCUUGUCGGUCAGAUCGUGAUCACCGCUGCAAUCCAAUUCUGGGCCUUCUUUUGGGUCCGCCGGCAGGAAUGGUACACUCCUCCUCCUCCGUCGGACCCAAGCUCGGGCGAUGAUCAACUGGAGGCCACUAACUUUGAGAACUCGGCGCUAUUUUUAGUGUCGUGCUUCCAGUAUAUUUUGGUGGCAGCUGUUUUUAGCAUUGGGCCGCCGUACCGCAGGCCCAUGUGGACCAAUGGCCUGUUGAUGCUGUCGAUUGCCUGCCUGUCGCUGUUCAACGUUGUCGUCCUGCUGUCGCCUCCUCGUCCCGUUGCAAGUCUCUUGGAGCUGGUGCCUCUGCCAUUUUCUGCGCGGAUCACACUGCUGGGCGCGGCCAUCUUGAACGUUGUGCUGUCUGUGACGUACGAGCAGUGGGGGACGCAAGCUGUGUCGCGGGUGAUUGGCUAUGUCAUGCAGCUGCGUCGGCAGCAGCGGACCAAAGACGGAAAGGUGUACAAAACUGUCGAAGGAGGUAUGCGAUGACAGAGGCUAUGUAUUAGACGGCCUUGGCGUGAUGCGUUUCACAUCCAGCGACGUCCAUCUGGGGGCCACAUUUAUACUAACCGCUGUAGGAUGCAUCUUUAUCGACCCUUCUUCCUUGUAUAACUGCUACAGCAGCAAAAUCCAUUGCCUUUCUUGACUGUGUGGCCAUGCGUUCCUGGUACAACGUUCGUAAUUGUGAUAAUUCGCAAUAGAUUGAGGAUUUGCAACGACACAUCAAUCA